AGCUCAACCUGCGCCUCUCUGUCACUCCAAAGCAGAAUCUCCAUCGGCCGCUUUAACCCCCGUGAACGCAGCAGAGAAAUCACCUGUCAAAAACCACACAAAAGACUUUCGUCAUCGAAAAUGGAAGCCUCGUCCUCUUCUCUCUGUCAGAGCAGGUAGGACUGAUAACAGUGGAUGCUGGGGGAAAGUGCGCCUCAUGGUUGUCAAGGCUACCCUGUAGCUUAAUGAUAAUACGCGGCUUCAGCUGACUCUAAAAGCAGACAACGGUGUAAUCAUUGAAGACUGCGAGAGAUAAUCGAACCAAUCGAUGACACAAAGGCAAAAGAGGGCUAGCUUGUGACUUGGGAUAUCCUAUAUAGCCUACCCCUGUUAGUCGCUUGAAUGUGUUGGCUUUCCUCUUCAGAUGACCCCUGACGUCAUAGGGUACAGGCUACAGGUGGUAUCAGAGACUUUGGUCAAUAUUAUAAAUGUCUAUAAAUGAAAUUAAGCUCGACUGCAGCCAACAAACCUGUCAUCAUUUAGGCUAUGACAUUGUCUCUUCGUCGGAGGUAGGCUAACAGCAGCCAGGACUGGUCAGACUUGCUUGUGAAUGUAAAGUUUGAUGGUGUUGAGAGACCAGUUCGCGUUGACAUUUUCCUCAACAACAGGCUGAAAUAUCGAGUGCAGCUGCUUACCGAUGGUGUGUUAUUACACUGUAGCUGGUGUUUCGUUCUUUGAGACUUGUUAAAGUAUAAAAAGCAAAAGCAUGUUCAGGGGCGUGUCGUGUCGUGCUGUGACUGCGGGGAAGACACGAAGCAGACUGCUUCUCUUCUCUGCUCGGGUGCCUGGAUGUCAAACUCCAGCAGUACCUCGGACAGCUCCAGGCGAGGGCGCGAGCCUGAGAGGGGAAGCCCACGAGCUCAUUCUCUUCAUUUCCUGCUCUUCUGGUCGCCAUCUGCGUGGUUAUAUAAAUAAGCUGGUCAUGUAGGAUAGAUGUGACCUGCUGGAUAAAUGAACAUGAUUUGUUUGGCGUCUACUUUUAAUGGGAAAUAUAAAUUAGACUCAGUCUCAGGCCAAUUUGAACAUUAUAAUAAAAUUAUGAUUUUAUUAUUUUAAUAUGCACAAGGAGGCACAAGACAAACAUAUUGCAAAAAGAGCAUCAUAGAAAUAUAUGUAAAUAAAACACGACAUUAAUAUUAUUAAAAUGUAUUUAAUAUUCGUCAAAUGAUUAACCCUAAUAAUGUUUUUGACACCUAUUAGUAAGAAGAUAAGAAAUUCAAUGGCUUUUGUCGGAAAGAAAAUCGGAUGAAGCAACUACGUAAAUCAAUAUUAAUACUUUGUCUUUUUUUAUUUUUAUUUUUUACACCAUUUGGCCAAGAACAAAACCUUAAGUUUACGUGCAAAGCCUCAGGAAAAAUGGAGAACUGAAUGGAGAUAGGAAUGUCAAAAAUAUUUCUGCAGGAGUUUUGUUCACUUGGUUUAAGUGUGCACAAUUUCCCUCAAGCAUGCUAAAAAAAACUAACACAAUCAUGAACAAAUAGGAACUGGCUCUGAAGUUGGCGUUAGAGCUGCUCUAAGAUUUUUGUUAAACUUUUACACAAAAGUUGAACCCAUUCAAAAGCCAGGCCAAAGAAACAUAAAGUUACUGUUGAGGUUUGUACAUUUGGAUUGUUUGAAUGUCCUUUGGUCAACCAUUUUCUUGUCCUUAGCUGUUGUCCAGUUUCUCAGGUUUACAAUUAAGAGGUCGAGCAGUGAGGAACGUGACAGGACCCCCCCCCCCCCCUCUUUUUUAUGAAGUCAGUUUACAGUCCCUUAUGUAUAAUAUAACAGCAUAUAGUUAACACAUUAAAAUGUCCACAUGUUUUUGUUGGACAAAUUCUUUUUUAUUGCUAUAUUGCUCACUUCUGUCAUUAUCCUAGGUUGAUACAUUUACUGAUAAAAAGAAAUGUUGAUGCCAGGUCAAAUGAUCAGAAUGGCUACCAGUUCACUUUAUUACCUCCGCCAAGGAGGUUAUGUUUUCGGUAGCGUUGGUUUGUUUGUUGGUUUGUUUGUUUGUUUGUCUGUGAACAACUUUACGGAGAAAGUUACAGACGGAUUGACCUGAAAUUUUCACCAGAGGUGCGUCUCAGCCCCAGGAGGAUCCCAUUACAUUUUGGUGGUGAUCCGGAUCGCCUUCUGGAUCCAGGAAUUUUUUGAAGGAUUCUUUAUCAUUGUGAGAUAGGGCACAUUUUGGAACUUUAACUCUAUAAAAAUGUCCAGAGUCUUUAGUAAAAAAAAAUGACACAAAAGGAUCUCAAUGAGUUUUAUGAGGUUUCAAAGGUUGAUCCUGAUCCAGACAAAAUUCUGGAUACUGUGAUCCAGAACACACAAAAAUAAUGGUGUCGUUGGAAUUUUCAAUGCUGAAAGAUAACCAAUGGGCGGCACAGUGGUGUAGAUAGGCGGCACAGUGGUGUAGUGGUUAGCACUGUCGCCUCACAGCAAGAACGUCCUGGGUUCGAAUCCGGGUCAGGGCAUUUCUUGUUUUAGGAACAUUAUGAACAGUGAACAUACCAUUUUAAACACAAAUAAAAGUUCAUAAAAGACACGUAACAGUAAAAGUUUUGGUGUGAAUCACAAUAUAAGGGGGGACAUGAGCUGCUUGGCGGCGGUCUGCGCUCUCCGAGAGCUUUUCUAGUUGAAUCAGUAAAAUUACACAAUAACAGAGCAGCAGAAUUUACAGUUAUGUGGCCGAUUUGUAUGUCUGCCUGAAUCUGAUUGUUUGUAUGGUGCUGCCAUGACAACCUUAAGUAUUAUGUAAAGGGCAACUUCUGCAGCUGACAGGUUGGUAAGGGAACUAACACAACAGUUGUGCCACAGCUGUUUUUAAGAAUAGGUAGAAUACUUGUUGUUUCAAUGACUCAUUGAGGCACAAAAAGGAUGAUGGCUUUCUUUAAUCUCUCAGAGGUUCAACCACUCACUGUAAUAAAACAUUCCUUUGCUUCUUCUUUUUGUUGUUGUUGUUGUUGUUGUUGAAUCUAGAAACAAAUAAAGGAAAAGGAAUUAUUCGAAGCGUGAACAAAAGCAACUCUAACAUAACUUUAACUAGAAUUCCAGCGUAAACAUGUGUCUAAAACCAAAAGGCCCUGUGCUGCUGUAAUUUUUGCAGAUUUUUUUAGGCGGAGGCUGCAGCCUGAAGUCUCAUUGUGUUUUAUUAACAAAGCUUGAGCCCGGAGGGAAUAGCAAAAAGGUUAUAACUGUACAACCAGUUACACUGCUUCACUUGUUUAAUGCAUUUCCUUGAGGCUUGUCAGAUCAAAUGAAAUAUCUCUGAAUAACAACAACACAGGUACACUUAAAUACCACAGGAAAAACCUGUCCAUCUGUUGCAAUACAGUAAAUUAUAGUAAAAUAUUAUUUUUUCUCAUUAUUGUUCUCUUCCUUUUAACUGCAUUUUAAAGAGUUCUCUCAUCCAACUAUUGUUGUGGCAAUGACUAGACUGGCUAAUCAAGACAAGGAUCUCUAUCUAUUCAAUAAAACAUUCCUAGAACUUGAGUUAAAGACAAAAAAAACAAUCAGUUGUAUUUGUCUGUUUUAUCACUGGCAUGUAUGUAGGUGUGGACAAUGAUGUUUUUACUGAUUCAAACAUAUUACCGGCUUGUUCUCUACAUGCACUUUUUGUUGUUUUGCAUCUUCUAUGCUUAAGUCAUUUAAUGCCUUUUUUUGUUUCACUUGCCUAAAUUUUUGCCAGUACCUUCUUUUGUGUCAUUUACGCCAUUGUUAAAUGGAACUGUAUUGUAUGUUUGCUUCAAUAGCUGAAGUUUAGUUUAUUUUCCUGCUUGUUUUUCCUGUGCAAUGACUCUUAUUUUGAAGACAGACAAGGAUUUCUCAUGUAGUUUUCCUCUUUCUUUUCAGACACAGCUUUGAAGAGUGCAAAAAGACAGCAGACUGGUUGCUGGAUAACACAAAGCAACGUCCAAAAGUUGCUAUUAUCUGCGGUUCAGGCCUUGGCGGUUUGGCUGAGCUGCUAGAUGAUAAGACUGUGUUUCCAUACAAGGAUAUUCCUCAUUUUCCUGUGAGCACUGGUAGGUGAUCUCUGAGAAAGUGCGUUUUCUUGAAAAAUUAUUGCAAAUGUUUGAAAAACCAUAUGGAGGCAUGAUAGCAACUGUUAAUGGUAUUGUGUUGCACAGUGCAGGGCCAUGCAGGUCAGCUGGUCUUUGGUAAGCUGCAAGGCCGUGAGUGUGUCUGCAUGCAAGGGAGAUUCCACUUCUAUGAAGGCUACAACAUGCAAACCGUAAGUUGAAACAAAGCAACACCAACUGUCAACAGCUGAUUCUGUGACAACUUGGUGCCAGCUAGAUGCUUUGCUUGUGAUGCUAGUAUGUACACACUCAAAAUGCAAACACAUCAUCACCUUAGUUCAAUGUGAAAGUACCUUAAAUAGUUAGAUAGAAUCCAAACACCUCUAAUUACCGCCGCCAAGGAGGUUGUGUUUUCGGUAGCGUUGGUUUGUUGGUUUGUUUGUCUGUUGAAAUUGUAUGCUUUGCUAUUGGCUAAGCUUGAAUCAUAAGAAAUGAUUAAGUACUCCAUACUUUAACCAAAUAAAAUUAAAUGACAUAGGUGACAUCACACUGUAGUGGGUUUAAGACAUAAAACUGUAACUACUCUGUUGCAUUGCAAACAGCUCUCAGUCAAUCACUUGCACAGGCUAAUUUUUACCAUAGCUUUAAAUUCUUACAAAAGUAAAUGAUAAACCGCACAAAACUUGAGACACCAGCUUUGUCUCUUUUUCUUUCACCCUAAGAAAUCAUUCAGAGACUCUGUUCCUCCUGUCACAAAAGCUUCCAUAACAUCACAGAAAAAAAAAAAACUCCUUCUCCUUCUGAGUCAUUUGAGUUUUCACCUACCAUAACCCGAUUCUAUGUUUUAAGAGUAUCAAGGCGUGUAGACUCGGUGCUCUUAUGACCCUUUAACUAGAGUCUGAUAAACCAUAACACAGCACACAACACUGGGUAAAAAUUUACCAUGCUGUUAAAAGAUCAGCUGAUAGACUGUUAUGAUCCACAGUCUGUUAUAAUGUAUCAUAAACUUUGGCCUGUGGAGAAACAGUGUGCUGGUUCUAUUGUAUUACCAGCUGAGAUGCACCAGCUCCUCGGUAAAUGAUCCCUGUAAUCCUCCAUAAUCAUAAAAGCAAGUUUCAUCACUGUGAAUAUACAGUCACUUGCAUUCUGACUUUUUCUUGCGACAGUGCUAACCACUACACCACUGUGCCACCCAUUGGUUAUCUUUCAACAUUGAAAAUUCCAACGACACCCUUAUUUUUGUGUGUUUUGGAUCACAGUAUCCAGGAUUUUGUCUGGAUCAGGAUCAACCUUUGACAUCUCAUAAAACUCAUUGAGAUCCUUUUGUGUCAUUUUUUACUAAAGACUCUAAAGAUAAAGAAUCCUUAAAAAAAUUCCUGGAUCCAGAAGGCGAUCUGGAUCACCACCAAAAUGUAAUGGGAUCCUCCUGGGGCUGAGACGCACCUCUGGUGAACAUUUCAGGUCAAUCUGUCCGUUACUUUCUCCGUAAAGUUGUUCACAGACAAACAAACAAACAAACAAACAAACAAACCAACCAACAAACCAACGCUACCGAAAACAUAACCUCCUUGGCGGAGGUAACUAGAGAUAAGUCUGUAAUAUGCCAUGAAAGGAUAUAAUCAAAUGUAUAUACCAGGUGUAAAAACAAUUAAUUUUAGCAGUAUUACAUUAGCAUUAGCAUUUAUCUUGCAAGCACCUGACCAUUAUUUCAUUGAACUUCCAGAGUGGCUCUAUAGCCUUUUUUUCCCUACUUUUUACCAGGUGACACUAACAGUCAAUAUUGACUGAAAACUGGCUCAACAAGAAAUAUCACUCCCCAAAGCUAAACAAUGCAACAAAGUCAACUCACCAUUAACAGCCACCCAUUUUGAGUGGUCAACUUGACUUAUGACUUAAUCAGCCAUUAUCAUACACAAAAUUCAUGCCAAACAGGCCAGUGUUUUAAAUGAUGGCACUGACCUUAUCAAGAAACCAUAGUAUUAAAAACAUUUCCGUAAUAAGUCACAGGAAAGUUGGCUGUUGAGUAACACGAAAUAGCAAAAGUAGAUGUGACAGCGGUGAAAGGUAACACAAUGCAAAUACAGGCCAUCAGCGUUCUUACAAAGGUUAAUCCAGUCAAGGUACUGUAUCAGACAUGCUCACUUCACAGACAACUACAACAACAGACACUUCUGAAGUCAGUGUAUGCUGCUUUGGGAAUAUUCGCUGCUUAUCUGAUAUGUGCUGACUUCUGUUGUAUCUCCAUCUUGGAUAUCCCACUUGUAAUUAUCUGAUUUAGAUCAGAGCAAUGAAAGAAUGACAGUAUCAGUCCCUGAACUAUCGCACGCUUAUCUCUCCAGGUGACAUACCCAGUGCGAGUCUUUUUCCUGCUGGGUGUGGAGACUCUGAUUGUGACAAACGCAGCGGGGGGACUCAAUGGCAGCUUCAGUGUGGGAGACAUCAUGCUCAUUAAGGACCACAUCAACAUGCCAGGCUUUGCAGGGCAGAACCCACUGUGCGGACACAAUGAUGAAAGGUGCAAAUAUCUUACUAAAACUGUAAAAUACAUUAAAAAAAAACCAGUGAUUAGAGGUUUAAUGCUAUUUCUCAUUAUUUAAAUUAUGUCUGUACAGGUUUGGAGUGCGUUUCCCGUGCAUGUCAGAUGCGUAUGAUCGUGAGCUGAGGGCUCUGGCCAAGCGAACAGCCGAGGAGCAGGGCUGCGACAACUUUCUCCAGGAGGGAGUUUACUGCAUGCUGGCUGGACCGACAUAUGAGACCAUUGCAGAGUGCAAAGUUCUGCAGACACUUGGGGCUGAUGCUGUAGGUUAGUACAGCUCCCUCAUGCUCACUUAAAGGGAUACUAAUGUGUCCUGGGAAAACCUCUUGGUAUGAUGCUUACUGGGGAUAUGUAGGGGUAUGUCACUGAAUGUGAUGACAUGGUGUGGAUAAGACAAAAGAAUGCACUCUGAGUGGAUGCAAAUUGCAGUGAUCCCUGAAGCAGUGUGAUUGGCUCCGCCAAGGAGGUUAUGUUUUCGGUAGCGUAUCAUUUAUAUCCGCAGAAGAUGUCGGAUCUAAACCAUUUCUGCUGACUUUGCAGAGUCAACUGCAGAAUUAACGGCGUUCUGAAUGAACGGCGCUUUGAAAAGUCCCACAGCAUAUGUUAGACGUAACCAUCUACACAUGGACCAAUCAGGGGCAGCCUUUCCCUGUUGUCCGGGGAACAGUGGAAACACAGUCAGUGUUUGGUUAUUUUCUUAUCGCUAAUACACGCUCCAAAUGGGCCGAAGUGAAUGCAUAGACAUAUAACUUUUAAAUUAAUUAUGCCAUCCUUGAACCAAAUGAAUGAAUGAAUGAAUGAGGGGCAUUUCGUAGGUUUUGUUCAUACAGUUCAGUUUUCAGUUUGUUAUGGACCACACGCCUGUUAUAGAACUUCACUGAUGUCUCUGCAGGAGCUUCAAGCGUCAAGUCGGGGAAAAUAAGCCACGAUGAUGUCAGCAGUGGUUGGAGAUUAAAAUUUGAUUACAGGAGCCUGUUAUGGUUUGAGCUAGGAUUUUUAAAACACAGCUCUAUGCCAGGCAGGGGAUAUCGAAUAAAAGCCUCUUUCAAAUUGACUAUGCAAUGCAGAAUCCAGUUGCAGAGUAUGAAUCAUUAUAAAAACUAGAGAUAGAUAAAAUGAUCAGAUGUAAGACAGGAUAAGAAAGGAAAGAUAUGUUAAAUAAUAUAACAACUGACAGACAGACAGAAUUCCUGACUGACUAACUAACUGACUGAUCGAUCUCAUUCUUAAGCUACAUCUAAAAAUAAACUCUUUUCUCUGUAAAGGCAUGAGCACUGUACCAGAGGUGGUGGUGGCUCGUCACUGCGGCCUGCGUGUCUUGGGUCUGUCGCUCAUUACCAACAAGGUGGUGAUAGACUAUGACAGUGGUGAGAAGGCGAACCACGAGGAAGUGUUGGAGACCACCAAGCGCCGAACAAAAGACCUCCAGAAGCUCGUCAGCCACCUCGUCACCAAGAUCUAGUCCCUUCGGCUGAAGUCUGCAAUAAUCUCACAAUUAAGUCAGCUGUGGUUGUUAGAUUUGGACAAAAGGUAACCAGACUGUGCACAUGGUGAGAAAAUCAGGUUAAUACGGAUCAGUUUUGAUUUUGGUGGUUUUAUUUUAUCAUUAAACUAGUAGGUUUGGGGUGCUAUUGAAGUUCUAGAGGAGGGAGUUAAAGAAAAAUAUUGAUGAUGUAAACAUUAGGUGUCUGUUUAAGCUCUUAUGUCCACAGCAUUACUUGAAUACUGGCAAAUAUGUCAGAGGUAUAAUCUGUUCUUUUACAGCAAGAUUCUUCUUUUUUUUAAGAAUGUCAUAGCUUUGAUUUUCUUUGAUGGACUUUUGAUAUCUGAAUAGAGAAAGGGUUGACUUGAUUAUUGUUUGUUUUGACAUUUUUUGGCUUUUUCCCUGUCUGGGGCUUGUAAUAAUCAGGGGUUAUACCAGACCUCAGUGCUCAUCUCUGUUGCCUUUGGACUCAGACCUCUCUGGCAUCAAGCUGUCAGUGCUACAAAGUACUGUAACAAGUGCAAGACUAUUAAUGGAAGUUGAGAGAACUUGUUGAGUUGCUUAUGAACAAAUGAAACCUCAGUUUACUGGUAUGAUCAUGCCAAUGAUAACAGCAUCCUGUUCUUAUAGAUGUAGACUAAGCUAUGUUUAAAUAUUUACCUCAAUUUUGGUUUUAAAUGUCGUCAUGAACAACUUCUAAUAUUUGUAUUCUUUUUGAAUACAUACUUUACAUCUUGUUUGCCUUCAGUGAGACAACUGUAUUCAACUAACAUCUCUGAAUACAUGAUUUUACAGCUGAAGAAGUUUUAAAAAGACACUUUGCACUUUUCAGUCAGCCUUCUUUUGGCAGUGCAGGGCCAGAGUAGACAGCCCAUUACGUAUCCAGAGGGAUUUGAACAGCUUUUCCAGAUGGUAAUCAGUGUUUCUAUUCGAAAAGAUUUCUUGAGACUUAGGAGGAUCAAUAGCAUCAAAUGUCAGAUACUUUCCUUUAUAGUAGUGGUAAUCAUGGUGCGAUUAAUACCUUUUUUGUGACAUUCGAAAAAUACUGUAUAUUUAAUUAUGCUGUACUAAGAUUUGAGCUGCAUAUUUUUAUAAUAGAAAAUGCUUCUUAUUCUAGCUAAUAUAUUUCCGAGUUAAAAAUGUAAAAAAAAUGCACAAGGCAAUAUCUCAAUUCACCUUUUAUUGCCAUUGAAUUUAAGCUUGGCUGAUUUACGUUGUAGCAAGCCUGUCCUAUUCUGGAAGGCUUUCACAGUAAUCACCAUAAAAAGCACAAUAUAAUCUAUGAGAAAUGCUGAAAGUUAAAGCUGAUUAAGACAAGCAGCGGUGAUAUAUGAAGGCUUUUCUGCGGUGGAUUGCACAGAUCAGUUUUAUUUGUACAACAAGAGACCACAACACUGUAAUAUCAGGCAGAGCUGUAUUACCCAGGCCUGCAGUUUUCAAUCUCCCCUGCACUGAUCUGGAACCUCCUGCCAGGUCCCUUUGACCAACUCAUUCAUUAGAGCUGGAAAGGCCAGAGAAAUCCUAGAUCAGCAGGUCCACCUCUUAGACCAUUUAUAUCAGGCUUAUCAUCAAGAUGUUAAUGGAAGUCUUAAAGGGGAAUUACACUCAGAGUGAAAGCUACCAUCAUCAAACUGUAGAAACCUUAAAGAUGCUGCUGCUGCAUUUAUACUAAACAGGGAAACUGAAACAAAUUCAGAUGAUUUGUGUGAAAAUGUUCUUUUGUUUCCCUGUAUUUGCACAACUAAAGAUCUGCAAUAUGUUUCUUUCUGGUUUGUUUUCCAAAGUUUUUAUUUUUGACUUACUGUACACUCUGAUGAAUGCUUUAAAUCUAAAUGUAUGAGUUCUCAGGUUACUUUGAUUUAGUUACAAGCGUGGACUGUACAUACCAUGGACGCCGUCUGCCUCCUCGCUGGGUGAAGCCACCACAAGAACAGCACCCCUGGUGACGGGCUGCAGUAUAGGUCAUAAAUCCCGCUUCCUCCAGCAAUCCCUAAGGAGCUGUGGACAAACUUUAGAAAUCGAUUACACAGAAAAUACAUUUUUCUCCCCUCUGGUUGCGAUGUUGACAUAGUUACUGUAAGACUGGUUUGUGCUCAAGUCCUCUUUUUUCUGUGCAGCUCCAUUUUUAAAAGUUAGGAGGUUUACGAGUUCUAUGAUUGUCACUUGAUACAGCCUAUGGGUGUAUGGAGAUUGUGUAGCUCACCCGGGAAAGUUGCUGUUUGAGCCGAGCGUCAUCACAGUGACUCUCGGCGAUUCUCCCGCCGAAUGCAUACAACGCUACAGCGCAAGUGGUUGUUCCUGGAAGUGGAGAAAAAAACAGGAAAUACUGAGACCUUUUUGGCUUCAAAUCUGUAUACCGGCGGAACCAAGUUGUCCAUAGUGUAUACAGUCUAUGGUUAAAAGACAAACCUGCUUUAUUUUAAAACUGUAUUUUUUCAUGUCAACUGUAUUUGCUUUUUGCUGUCAAAUAAAAACUGAUAACACUAAACGCUA